UGAGAAUAUGCUAAAACCUCCAAAGAGGUCACCACUCUACUACAAGAACCCUACUUUGUUCACGUAUUUUCCCUUUUUCGUUUAUUAAACAACAAUUACAGUUGAAAACUGAAUUGUAAAGAGUCUUAAGUCUUCCAAAUGGGUCGCCUCCUCGCCAUUAAUUGUCUAUGUCUUCUCUUCUGUAGUUCUUCUCUUUUCCACGGUACUAAUCAUUGCAAGCUCUGACUAAUUGAUUUUCAGUUCAUUCAUCCUGUGAGUAAAGGUAUUUGCGCUUUUACAUUUUCGUUGAAAUUUUGACGACUCUUCUUCUCUAAUUUCUUCCACAGAAGUGCAGUCAACGAUGUUCAAGAUAGUGAACCAAUGCCGGCAUACAGUAUGGCCUGGAAUCCUGACCGGUGCUAACCGGCCAAUACUCUACCCGACUGGAUUCAAGCUCAGGAGUGGCAAAUCCAGGACUCUUUCGGUGCCCGCCUCGUGGUCGGGUCGGGUAUGGGGCCGAACAUUCUGCUCCAAUGACUCUACAGGCAAGUUCGUCUGUGUUACCGGAGAUUGCGGAUCCGGGAAGAUAACAUGUGCCGGAGGUGGCGCUAUUCCCCCCGCCACCUUGGCCGAGUUCACCCUUAACGGUGACCAGGGCCUCGAUUUCUAUGACGUCAGCCUCGUAGACGGGUACAAUCUGCCGAUGCUGAUUGUGGCAAAGGGUGGGAAGAGCGGGGGCUGCGCCGCCACCGGAUGUUUGGUGGACUUGAACAGUGCCUGCCCGCCGGACUUGAGGGUGUCGCUUGGGAGAGGGAGUCGCAUCGAGGGCGUGGCUUGUAAAAGCGCUUGUUUGGCAUUCAACGAUCCAAUUUACUGCUGCAGUGAAGCUUACGCGACGCCGGACACUUGCCACCCGUCCGCUUACUCUCUCUACUUCAAAUACGCUUGCCCACGAUCUUACAGUUAUGCCUAUGACGACAAGACUAGCACCUUCACCUGUGUCGGAGCUGAUUACUUGAUCAUGUUCUGUCCGCCACCUUAUACCAGCCAGAAAGUGCUAUCGGUACGAAAGCAGUAUGCGGACUUGCCACUGGUUAAUAAGACUAUGAUGUACCUCGGAAGGCAUCAUCAUUCGAGCGGUUGAUUCGUGAAACAACAGCAGUUGAAAUGGGGGUGCUACUAGCUAGUGUAUGGUUCCUUGUCACAGUUGAAGUUUGUUUCAUUUUGGGUUCAUCAUCUUGUAGAUACAAAUGACUGGAUAGCACAAGCUUUCCUGGAUAUGAUGGCUCAACUCGGGAAACAAGUACUUUUAGCUAUGUAGGGCCACAACAACACCUUUUUGUGUACAGAAACAGGUGUUCCAAAGGGACACUCUCAGACCAAUUUUGGGUUGUUGGGUAGGUCUAUGAUUUGGCUUAUUACAACUGUGGUACAGAAAACUUAUAUCAUCCCCUUCACGUCUUGUUUUUGUAGUUUGAACUAUUCAUAGUUUAAAUGUUGCAACUAGUGCAAUUAGCCCAAGUACACAACAUAUUUGAGCGCACUCAAACUCAUUUCAUGUGUAGCACGAGCUUGACCAGUUCAGGUUUCGAGGUCAAAGCCAACUUGAACUUGAAUUAUUUAAAGCUCGAGGUUACUCAAUGAAUGAGUUAGUGACUAAUAUCAAUAGAAGUUUAGUGAAAUUUUCACUCCUAUUACAAACCAAAGUUUAGCUUUCAAGCUGACCCAAGUGUGUCUGGUUUGAACUUCAAAUUUGAACACAAGUUCAUUUUGCCAAAUAAACGAGCUGGAGCCAAGUUUGGGUCAAUUGUUUUGUAUAGCGUUACAAGUAGACAUUUUCAUGGUUAUGCAUUGAUUGAUAAUUUGAUAUCCUUUAGGCAAUUAGGCCCAUUUUAAUUCUAUUAUAUCUUUCAUUUUAGAUUUUAAGGAUGGAGGACUCCAAUCACUCCAUGACUUGAAAUUGGACUAUAAAUAAACUUCAACUUUAUUUUCCGAUCCUUCGUAGCGAA